AUGAAGAGCAAAAUUCGGACGACCACGUGUGUCCUAUUUCUAUUCACAAGUCUUGGCGUAUGCUCAGGAGGAUUUGGGAAUCCUGUAACAGAUGACGUGAGCAGGCUGAUGUUAUUGAAACACAAUAUUCCAAAGGAUUAUAACAUUUCUAUGCAUUAUAUUCCCAAAGAGAUGAGUGGUGUGUGCUGGGUUCUACUGAAUAUCUAUCCACUGGAACAAAGCCUUAGGGAACUGGCCAGGGUGUUUGGUGCCAUUUCUUCCAACAAAGAUAAUAUUAUGAUCUUCAUCACCAUGCUGCAAAAUCUACGCUUCAAAUUAGAUCAUGAGGAGCUGGAGGCAACAAUGCAAGUCUUUAAAUGCCACUAUAGGGCGGUCAAAUGGCCGUCUGGGCAGUAUUUUGACUAUAUCAGAGACAUUUUGAAUUCUGCAGCUCAGGGAGAAGGAGGAUUCCGCUGUGUGCCUCCACCCUGCCAUGCCCCUACUACACCAGUCUCUUCCUCACAGAGCGUGUUGUUGUCUCUCUCAGGAAGUGAACCACAGGACCAUGAACAGACUCGGUCAAGGGGGAGUCUGCUGUCCCUGCUUCUGAUCCCAGUCACAGCCUGUGUGCUCCUCAUAGUGUGGGCAGUAAGUUAACAAUGUGGAUGGCUUGCUCAGGCUGUAUGACCU